CCCUUUAACGCAGGUGUCGCUAUUCGAAGCGGUAUUUUCACGGUCUGGCGGAGACUUGUAUCAUUUCUCUCUGAACUUCUAAAACAACUUAAUCAUGGGUGUCGAAAAGGAAAUCCUUAAAGAAGGAGAUGGUCAAACUAAACCCCAGAAUGGAAAGAAGGUCACAGUUCACUACACAGGAACGUUAGCCAAUGGCAAAAAAUUUGAUUCAUCCAAGGAUCGUGGCAAACCUUUUCAAUUUACUAUUGGAAAGGGUGAAGUUAUCAAGGGUUGGGAUGAGGGUGUUAAAAAUAUGACCAAAGGUGAAAUUGCGAAGUUGACCGUUUCUGCAGACUAUGGCUAUGGGGCGAAAGGUUUCUCUGGUCUUAUUCCACCGAAUGCUACCCUCAUCUUUGAAGUGGAGUUGUUGGAUUGUUGACGAGCAGAGCUGUGGACACACUGAAGAUGGCAUACAAGAUUUUUUAAAUUUUAUUUUUUAAUUAUUGUGUAGUCUAGAAUCUCUAAUACCUUGGGUACAACAGAUGUGGACAGCUGCUAACUACAAACAAUCUGACGUAAAUGGGCUAUAGCAUUACAUUUACUAUGAGGGGUUAAUUUGUAAUUUUGGCUUGUGUAUUAACCGUCUGGUCACUAUUAAUUAGACUGAGGGAGUAAAACAUGAAGAAGAAGAAAAGAACUCCAACAAAACAAACAACAUAUUUCCAGGGGCAUUUGUCCUAAUUUACUAUACCCAUUUAGGGCAGCUUUUGCAUACCUGUUUACAUGUGAAAAACUCUGCAGGUAAAAUUUAACAUUUUUGAUAUUCUGUUAAAUUAUGUAACUCUUUUAACAUUUUUAUAUACCAUCAGUAUAUCUUUAGUUUCCCCUAAAGACAGUUUAUUCAAUUUAUUAGUAGAAGGAUUUUAAUAAAAAAAUAUGUUAAAGGAUUGUGAACCGGUAACUAAUAUUUCAGUAUUUGUUUUUCAUUGUAAUUAAUGUGCAGUUUUGUUUGUUGGUAUUUAAAAAUCAAAAGUUCAUUGGUGAAAAACAAGAAACCACAUGUUUUUUUUUUUUUAAACCCCAAGUAUGUGUGCAAAACAUCUACUAAUUAUAAAAUUGUUAUUCAUCCAAGUUUCCUUGAAUAUGUUCACUUCACUUCACAUUUUUGUUUUUUAUUCUUGGUUGUAAAAAACCCCAAAACUACUGCUUUCUAUGAAAGGUGUCAAUUAAAAAAAAAGUAUGUCUUAAGUGAUUGCUUUUUAUAUUUUUUAUUAAAUAUUAACUAGCAAGUACAAAAUAAAGGUAUCAUUUUUUUUAUUCUUACACAUUAUCAUCAUUCUAGACAUUUACAACUACCGCAAUCCCAGAUUUGGCAUCAACUUACAUGACUCUUUACAAAUAGUUUAUUUCAAUGAAAAUGUACAUUUGUAACAUUUAUUUGUAGCAUGUCAAAAAUUUAUCAUGUAGAUUUUAUACUUUUUACCCAUUCAGAUUACAUGUUAGUCAUUUAAGAAAUUGAAAUCAGCCUGAAAAUUAUUACUGUUGCAUGAUGCAAAGCAUUUGAAAUUAACAUAAGAGCAAAGAGGAGAAUCUGUUUACAAGACUCACAAUGGCCUAAGCCAUGAUGUUUGGUUGCUUUUUUUUCCCCUAUGCAUUUUUUUUUAAAUUGUAAAAUCAUUGUGGUUCAGUACAAAUUGUUAUUUAGAUAAUUGUUUUUGGUUUCAGAUGUGAUGUGGCUGAAUUGUUUUGUACUGUUACGAGCUAGCAUACAUGUAUUACUAGUACUUUUGAUUCUUCGACAAUAUUGAGAGUCGUGCAUUAGACAGGGUUCCUUGUUUUGAGCAAUUAAGAAAUUCAGUUUUUGUAAAAUUUUAGUUUUAAUAUCAUUAUUUUGGUGAUUGUUUAGAAAGUUGACAUCAUUAUCAAGUUUCUAAAUGAAAACUGUUAAUGAAUCAUGUUUAAUAUUGUUUGUAAUAUUUUAGAUUUUGAACUUCAAUUUAACUUUAGUUCAAAGUAUUUGAGGAUUUAAACAUGAACCGAAGGAGGGCAUUUUAAGCCCCACUGUGUUUUGGAACCCUGAAUGGUGUAAUGGACCCGACCUGUUGACUGUACUGCCUGUAUUUGAUACUCAAAAUCAAAGCAUUGUCAUUCACAUAUCCACCAUCUGUGUAAUAAAUUUACUGAAAACA